AUGGCUGGUGUCAUUAAGAAGCAGACUCAAGAUGAAGGCAAUGGUAAGACAGCCCUUCUGAAAGCCCUUCUGCACUUGAAGGAUGGAAAAAACGACACCAUUCAAGUCCUGCUCGACAUAUCGGAGAAAAGUGGAGAUCUGAAAGAAUUCGUCAACGCGGCUUACAACGAUGAGCACUUCAAAGGCCAGACGGCCCUGCAUGUGGCCAUCGAGCGGCGGAGCUUCGAUCAGGUGAAGCUCCUGGUGGAGAAAGGAGCAGAUGUGCAGGCCAAAGCAAAUGGAGAUUUUUUCCAGCUCAAUUCAAAACGGGGCUUUUAUUUUGGUGAGCUCCCCCUCUCAUUGGCGGCCUGCACCAACCAAUUAGAGGUGGUCUCCUUCCUCAUGGAGAACCAGUACAGGUGUGCGGACAGCCGGGACCACGACUCCCUGGGCAACACAGAGUUCAUCGUGCGGAUGUACGACGAGGUGCUCAUCCGGGACACCAGGCUGGCCCUGAAAGGAGGAGUCUCCCUGGAGGCCAUCGAGAACAAAAAUGGCCUGACGCCGCUGAAGCUGGCCGCCAAGCUGGGGAAGAUAGGGCUGUUCAGGUAUUUGGUGCAGCGGGUGUUCACAGACGAAGAGACCAAGGGGCUGUCCCGGAAGUUCACUGAUUGGAUCUACGGGCCAAUCCGCUCCUCGCUGUACGACAUGACCUCCAUCGACACCAGCGAGGAAAACUCAGUCCUGGAGAUCAUUGUCUUUGGGAAUACCAUCAAGAACCGUCAGGAGAUGCUGCAGGUGGAGCCUCUACGCAGCCUGCUGGAGGAGAAGUGGCAGAGGUUUGCCUCAAGGAUCUUCCUGGUCAACUUCCUGGUAUAUGUGGUGUACCUGGGCAUCUUCACCACUGUCGCCCUCUCCAGGAAGGAAGGGCAGCCUCCGUUCCCCGUGGAGAACACCCCUCUGGACUGGUUUCGCUGUAUCGGGGAGCUGGUCAGUGUCCUGGGGGCAGUCUACUUCUUCAUCAAAGGGAUAGUGGACUUCAAGAGGAAACCCCCCCGCAUCAAAUCCAUAUUCAAUGAUGGAUUCAAUGAAAUAACCUUCUUCCUGCAGGCCUCACUUCUCCUGGUGUGCACCGUCUUGUACGUGUUCGGGUGGAGGGCGUAUGUGGGCCCCUUGGUACUGUCUCUGGCCCUGGCCUGGCUCAACCUCCUCUACUACUCUCGGGGCUCCAAGGUCCUGGGCAUGUACAACGUCAUGAUACAACGGAUCAUAUUAAGCGACAUAUGUAGCUUUCUAUUUGUCUAUGUGGUCUUUCUCUUUGGAUUUUCUGCCGCGGUGGUGACACUCAUAGAGGAGGACCCCCUCGAUCAAGCGCUAAACCGUUCCCAGACGUUAGAGAGCCUAAAACCGACGUUCAACAACAUCCGCUUCACGGCACUGGAGCUGUUCAGGUUCACCAUCGACAUAGGAGACCUGGAGUUCACGGACCAGAUGGAGUACAUCGAGGUGUUCUACAUCCUGCUCAUCAGCUACAUCAUUCUCACCUACAUCCUGCUGCUCAACAUGCUCAUAGCCCUGAUGAGUGCCACCGUGGAGAGGGUGUCCCGGGAGAGCAAUAGCAUCUGGAAACUGCAGAGGUCUCUGACCAUCCUGGACCUGGAGAGAUCACUGCCCCUCUUCCUGAGGAACAGGCUGCGAUCCGGCAUGAUGAAGACCCUGUGUUUGCCCACCGGAAAUCGGACAUGCUUCAGGGUGGAGGAGGUAAACUGGAAAAAAUGGCGGUCGAAUCUGGCCAUCUUGAAGGAGGAAGAUCCAGUGCUGGAGGUGAAAUCGGAUAUCUUGUUGACCAGACCCCUACAAAGACGGCGUAAAUGGAACAUUACUCCACUCUUCUCCAUGGUUCGUGGCAGAAGAUCUGGAAAAUAUGAUCGCCAAGACAUGGCCAUCUGACCUCCUCUACCGUCAAAUGUGCCGAAGCUCCAAGAUCUUCUCCACAGUUUCUCUCAACCUGGGCCCUGACAGUGAACCUGAGUAAAACCAAAACAAGGAUACUUGACAAAAGACCCAGCCUCCUCCAAAUAGACAUUCCACAAGAGACUGUUAAUCUAAGGCAAACAAAAACCUAUACCUACCUCGGUUUAAUCAUGAACACCACAGGACCUUUUAAUAAAGCUGUGAGACAAGGCAAGGAGGGCCUUUAAUGCCAUAAAAAGAAACAUCAAACUAGUCACCCCAAUUAGGAUCUGGCUCAAAAUGAUUGACGCAGUUAUAGAACCCAAUGCACGCUUUGGCUGACACUCUACAUGCAGAAUCCUGCAAGUCUAUCCUACGAGUCCCAAGAGGAGGGGAACUGGGAAAAAUUGUGGACGAAUUUCGUCCAUCUUGAAGGAGGAAGCGCCAGAGCUGGAGGGGGAACCGGAUCCCUUGUUGAUCACUGCCCAACUAAAACGUAUGGAUUAACUAGCACAUCUGUGCUUUGAGCAAUUGACACACGAAAUAACUUGUUACACAUAUUUUGAUUUUGAUUUCCUAUUGAUUUUUCUUUGCUAUCAAUUGCGAAUCACUGAUAAACUGUUAGAUUUAGCCUAUAAUAUCCAUCUAUUCGACUAGGAUAACAUUGUGCAAUCAUACAUGGUGAACAUAUAAUGGAUAUGGCCAUGAACACAGGCCCAAAAUAGCCCUGAAAAUUAGGCCAAAAAAAAACUGGGGACAAUGACUCUUUUAGUCUUUUAUUUUGACUCUUGUCACAUCUUCACAAUUUAUUUUCACAGGCAUUACUGAAGACCAGAUGACUCAUUACCACCCCGCCUCCAUAAAACAAGCUAUAUUUCAAAUUAAAAGCGCACACAGCAGACGGCAAACAGUCCUAGACAACACGCAUUGCAACAGUGUCUAGAAAUUGUGGCACACUUUGGGGCCGUGUCCCAUGACACAGUAUCAGUAGUUCAAUGAAUUGUGACUUCCUCCCCCAAAAAACAAGAAAAUACAACAGUAAUUCACCUUUAGUGCACCUCUUGCUCUCGGGUGUGCACCACUUGUGUUCAAAUACCUAAAGCCUCCAGUCGACCCUCAACACGCACAUCCACACACAUCACACGCGCCAGCCCUCUGACCCGUUUGGCCCCUGGCAGCACCCGUCCAACACGGAGGCACUUCAUAGGACAGCUGUGGAACAUGACUGUGUGGGGGCCCGGCACGGCAGAGCACAACCACACUCAGGGAAAGGUUUGAUGUCCCUCUGGUCUCAUGUUCACCCCCCCACCCUUGCAAGGGCAGGUGUCUACGAUGACAAAUACACACAGCAACGUACCAACAGAGAAUUAUCCAACUGACCAGCUACAUUUAUUUGUAUUAUUCAGGCCACGGUGGAUCGCGAUUAUGAAGAGGGAACUAUGCCGGGAGAACUAUGCCAUCUAUAUACUCCAAGUGGAUCAUCAAGUAGAGGUUAGAUUAGGGAACAGAGUCAAACCAAGAAGUAUGCAAACGACACAGAAACCCUUUGCCAAAGCCGUCUUCCAUCAUUGUCCGUUUCUCCUGCCCAAAGGAGAGGACGUGCAGAAAGUUAUAGAACAAUGGAAGGAAUGCAAGAUGGGUGUCCCUACGUACAGUGCCAUUAUUUUGGACGAAACCUAGGACAACGUAUUGCUUGUUCAGGGCUAUUUGGCCAAGUCCGGCUGGGGCUUCCCAAAGGGAAAGGUCAACGAGGACGAGGCUCCUCACGACUGUGUGGUCCGUGAGGUGAUGGAUGAGACAGGGUUUGACAUAAAGGAUCACAUCUGCAAGAACAGGCACAUCGAGCAGAAGGGGCGGUGGUGGCGCAGGUUGUUGAGGAGUCGUCUAGUAACCAGAGGGUUGCUGGUUCGAGCCCUGCUCUCUCUGACCUCACCGACGUGUCCUUGAGCAAGACCCUGAACUCUAAACUGCUCCCGAUGUGCAGGUUGGCACCUUGCAUGGUGGCCUCCGCCAUCGGUGUGUGAGUGAGUGACUGAAUAGUUGAAUGUGAAGUAUGUCAUUGUAAAAAGCAAUGUAGCUUGAAUGUAAUUCUCCCUUCUAAGUCGCUUUCUAUAAAAGCGUCUGCUAAAUGACUAAAUGUAAAUGUAAGACUAUUGACCAGUUGGCACAGCUGUACAUCAUCACCGGUGUGUCGAAAGACACCAAGUUCAACCCUAAAACCAGGAAGGAGAUACGCAACAUUGAGUGGUUUGCCAUCGAGAAGCUCCCAUGUCUUCUUUUCCCGUCCGGAGGAAGCUAGGCUAUCGCAGGCACAAACACCUCCCUGAGACCCAGGCUGAGGCUUUCUUUCCCUUCGAUGGAAGGUUAAAACACCCAACCAUAGCAAUCUGUCCAUUCUGUUGCUCGAGUUGGAGGUUUUUUUUAUGUUUCCAUUUCUGCCAAAAGAUCCAAUGGAUGAGACUGAAAUGGGUGUAAUAUUUUCAGACUGCUUUUGUCAGAUUGUAUAUCAAGUGUUGACUUAAACGAACCAACUUGGAUAUGUUCCUUGUUGCUACUUGCUAAUUCUCUGUAGGUCCAUCCUUAAGGUUUUCUUGCUAUGUGCAAUGCUCUGUAAAAGUCCUAUACAUCACCACGAGGAGAAUGUCUGUUUGAUAGAAACCACAGGCACUGUUGAAGAGUGUUGAAUUUUGUAUGAAAACUCAAAAGUUCAAGUAAACGUACUCUGAGGAGAAAUGUAUUUAUUUUUCAAGAUCUAUAUAUUUUUUUACUAUUGCCAAAAAAUUUCAAGCAACCCAAAAGCAGACUAUAUUUUCUUCCUUCGUCCCUUUUCAAAAUAUUGAUGUAUCAAAAGACCAUUAAGUACAUUUUCCAAUUCGCUUUCAAAUUUCUAGUGGACUGACAUGUGUUCAUAAUCACAAACGAAACAUUGAAACUUUUAUAUAAAUUAUCCAAUAUAUUGAAAUGUCAUAUUCUUUCCGAUGUUCAUUUUUGAUAGGUUGCCCUGUUCAAGUGGCAUCAUUGUGUUUUUUAUCUUAUGUAUUUUGAAAUGAUAAAAUCGUACUUAAAAAAUAUUAAAACACAUUAAAUCUCCACUGUACAUAAUUCUGCACAAUUUAUUUCUAAAUAAAUUUAUUACAUGUUAUCUGAAUAUAUUAUAUUUGCGCAUCCGACUUUGUUUUGACUUAAUUGUGGCCACAGGGAAGAGAAUCUAUCGGAACCAUGACUGAAUCAAUACACAAUUGAAACAAAACAAAGAGAGGAGAGCAAACAUUGCUGAUACGGCCUUAAUAAACGCAAGUCUUAAAGAUGUUGUUUAGAAGGAUAACAAAACAAUACACACUAGAGGGCAGCAAACUAUACAAAAUCAUAGGUUACAGUAAAAUCAUCUAGAUUAACUGAAGACAGGAUGUCUUGUUUUGAGUAAACUAGUUGAUGGACUUGAAUGCAAUACUGACAUACUGUUACAGGGAGAGAGAAGUUGCUCCUGAUUUCUAUUAUUGCCACUAUUUAUAACGAUUACUUGUAUAUGUACUGCAAGUCCUUUCUCCAAUUCAAUGCCGUGUUAAACAACGUUUUUUACAUGUAUGACAUUGUUCCAUAUUCCAUAUCUACAACCUUAAAUUGGUGUGCCUUGAAUUCUGGAUCGUAUCGUGGCAUGUCUUCGGACCACUGCUCUAGGAGCUGCAUGUUCAGAGCCAGGGGGAAAGGAGCCAACUCCAUUACCCGACACUAAACUGUUGGUGGUGCUGCGGUCAAGCAAACACCUCCACAGCUACAACACCAUCAUGUGAGUAGGAGUAACCUAAUACUAGACUCUGGUCAUCAGGGCUUUGAGUAAUAGACCAACUGCCAACUUUGAUGCCUUUGGGUCUGAUUAUUCAUUACAUUUUUUAUAUUAUA